AUGGGAAUUAGAGAUUUCCGGGAUGAUGUUCACUGUAAGGAUGAUGAGCUGAUGGUGGAAAUACCCACGAAGACCUACUGCAGGAGGAUCGAACCAUCACUACCUCUUUAUGUUACUAUGAAGAUCGAUGACUACUUUCGGAAAAUGAAAGACGCCGAAGGUUUAAUGUGUGAUACACGCACUGGUGACGACUAUGGAAUGACAGAGAUAGCAGAUGAUGAGAAUUAUAGGGAGCAAGACAGACCACAUAAUGAUGUGUAUGACAAGGAGAAAAUAACAGCCCCCAAUUCUAGUUAUCUGGAGGACAACAGACGACGUAAAGAUGUGUACAACACGAAGAAAUUAACAACAGAUGAUGAUGAUGAUUACAGGGAGGAAGAGAACACACAAAACAACUGUACAGAAGAAGAAAUAGUUAAUGGCAGCCAUUCAUCAGAAGACAAUACACCAAAUGAUGAUGAUGAUGAUUACAGUGAGGAAGAGAACACACAAAACAACUGUACAGAAGAAGAAAUAGUUAAUGGCAGCCAUUCAUCAGAAGACAAUACACCAAAUGAUGAUGAUGAUGAUUACAGUGAGGAAGAGAACACACAAAACAACUGUACAGAAGAAGAAAUAGUUAAUGGCAGCCAUUCAUCAGAAGACAAUACAACAGAUGAUGAUGAUGAUGAUUACAGUGAGGAAGAGAACACACAAAACAACUGUACAGAAGAAGAAAUAGUUAAUGGCAGCCAUUCAUCAGAAGACAAUACACCAGAUGAUGAUGAUGAUGAUUACAGUGAGGAAGAGAACACACAAAACAACUGUACAGAAGAAGAAAUAGUUAAUGGCAGCCAUUCAUCAGAAGACAAUAAACAUAACCAGCCUGAUCAUCACCACAAACUGAAGGUAAAUAAUCUCACAUUGUAUUUGGGUCUCAAGAAGAUUCACAUGAUCCAGGGACAUUUCAUAGAGAGAAACACGCUUGACUUGACCUUGGUGUUGAACCAAUUUACAGCAGUAGACUCCGAUGGUGGACAGCCGUCUCAGGUUGUGGCUGGUUCUUCAGUUUAUGAUAAGCAGAGCCCAAAUUCUGCAGAGACACAAGGCUUGCGUUGGCAGGCUACACCUAGAAUGUGA